AUGGCCUCUCGUUCACGACUGCAUCCAAACCCCAGUCCUUGGAGUCGAGCACCUUCCCCUUCUUUUCCCCGUCAUAGCAGCAGUCCUCUAGUUCACAGUCCUUUGCAGCAAUCAUUCCCUGCAUAUUCAGACCCUUCAAAAUCGGGGCCAAAUUCUCCAGGCAGUCCGGGUGUGCAACAGACACCUUCUCGUCGCUCUCGCCCCAGUGGACAAGGUGCCCGCCCACGAGGUGAAUCUCGCUCAUCAUCUGUCCCUGUCAUAACACGGACUCAACCACAAGAAUUGGGAACUGGAGGAGAAGGUCCAAGUCGACGCUCAAUGAAAUUCCGCAGCCGACCCAGCUCGCGUGCUACUUCACCCUUACCCUCACCGGGAGAAGUUCUAGACUGUCAGAAUCGUCGCUCGGUCAAACAUCUCACUUGCUUCUGGUGGUGGGAGAAGGGGGAAUGCAAAUACUCUGAAGAAGAUUGCUUAUACGCGCACCAUGACACGGGCCACUAUACGGCUGCACCUCGUCAAGUUGUUCCAGGAGAACCGGCCAAGGCAGGUAGAUCUCUCGAGCGCGCAUUGAACAAGCUUGCUAUCUCGAAUCGCUCGUCUGCUUCGGUGUCGUCUCUAGCAAGUCCCAACGUUAACAACACUCAGUGUGAGAGCACUGGCAGUGGCAGCAAUGCAGUCUCCAGAACUGAUACUCCGCUCAUUGGUCACAGCCGUCCCAGCACACCAUCUCCUCGUAUGAGCAUGGACCAGGGUCAUGCCACUCACCUCCAAACUGACAACGAGUUCCUCCGCAGCCUCGUUCAGCAAACGCAACGAGAGAAGCGCGCUUUGAUGGACACAAUUGAGGCUCUCCAAGCAGAAAAAUAUCAGAUGACCUCCCAAAUCGAGAAGAUGAAUCAGGAGCGCAGCGCAUUACUCGCAGAGCGGGAAAUCCUACAUGCUACAAUCAAGAAGUUGCAAUUCCCCGCUGGUGCGAAGCCUUUUGCCCAGAGUCAUGGUCACGUUGUACCGAUGAGAUCUCCAAGUGCAACCUUUCCAAGCAACAAUCCCUGGGGUGCGAUCGGAAGUGGGAGUCGAGGAACAAGCACGAGUCCUAUCGGCACUCCUCUUGACAGUCCUGCCAUGCAACCACGCAGUUUCAGUAUCGCAGCUCCCGGCGGUCCUGUGGGCAUCAUCCCUGUUCAUCCCGCCGGCGGCACAAUGAGAACGAGUACGAAAACUACCUCUGAUUCAACCCUGGACUCCACGGUGCCAACACCUGCAGCAGUCAAUGGCAAUGGCAGUAGCGUCGAGCGAGAGAAUAUAAAGACAAAUGCGCAAGUCGAUGACACUCUUGUCUCCAGCAACAUGGAAGGCGAGAGACUCACGAACUUGUUGAGCAGCUUGGGCCCGACUUUCUAA